CAGAGGAAGCGGUAGGUACAAAAAGUGACUAACAUGUUUGGGUUCUUCAGAAAAAGCAAACCGGUGAAAAUACGGAGUUUUAGUGACAACACAAAGUAUGGAGUUGCAGCCAAGGAUCUGAAGGAGUUGAUGAAAAAAGCCUGCAAGACAUUACAGGUGCCGCUGGUCGAUGCACACGUUUGUUUGUAUUAUGAUGGGACAGAAGUGACGGAGGAGUUUUUCCCGACUCUACCGGACCACACUGAACUUGUUCUUCUUUCCAAAGAGCAGACGUGGAGCGGGGUUGUGUGUGACAUCGGCCAGUUACUGAACACAGACCGACACGCAGACGCUCUCAUCAAAGCAGCUAAGGACCUGCUGUCUGACGAGCAGUCUCCCAAGAGACGUAAGAUCCUGACCGACCUGCUGCAGAACCUGGAGGACAGAUCGGAGCUGGAGAGCAGAGAGGAGGAUGAAGAGUGGUUCAAAGGUGUCGACACUCGAUUCAAGACAAAGUCUGCCUACAUGAAAUUUAACUGUGGAAGCAGGAUACGAGGUUACAUGAAGGAGGUGGAUGACGCCACCAAAUCCGUUCAGAAAGCCCAAGUCAAGGCUGAGCUAUUGAAAGCAUCAACAUGUCUGGUAGAAAAGCUGAAAGCAGCGGCAUACAACAGCUGUUACUUUGACAGGAGUGGAAAGGAGCCAGAUCGCCUCUGCACUCCGGAAGGCUGGUUUACCUGCCAGGGAGCAUUUGACCAGGACCUGUGUCCGUCUCUCCACUCCAUCAAUCCCUACGGCAGCCGAGAGAGCAGGAUCAUAUUCAGCACGUGGAAUCUGGACCACAGGAUAGAGAAGAAGAGGACCAUCAUUCCCUCUCUGCUGGAAGCUCUGCAAAACCACAAGACUGCCGACGUCAACCUGACCUACUUCUACCGCCUGCUGUUCACCAGGGAAAACCUGAAGCUCGUUCACAUCGUGUGCCACAAGAAAGGAGCUCACAACCUGCUGUGUGACGCCAAGAAGGUUUAUAGAGCCGCCAGAAACACAGACGAGGGAAAUCAGAGGGCCAAAGGCAGGAAGAGGCCCCUAAGCUGAAAUACAUUGAAGAAGUUGUUUAUAAUUCAUGCUGAUGAGCUGUGAUGACAGUGUUUAUCAAUACACUGAAAAAGUCUGUGAAUAAUUAUCUCAGGUCCGUGUAGGAAGAUGACAACAACCACAUGGUGACUUUACCUUUUUUACCUCAUUAUCAUUAUAUUUUGUUUUCUGAACCAGUGCACCCUGCAGAGCUCUAACACAGACUGACAGAGGUUAGUUAGACACGAGGAAUAAUUACACUUCACUUGAAAUCAUGAAAAACAUUUAUUUGAUCUUUGUGUUGGCACAUUGCAUGAACUGAUUACAAUGACAGCUCACUGUACAAUAGUGCUGGUUUUCUGUCUGAACCCUGUUUAAUGUGUCUGAACCCGACCCAAGCUCGAUGUUAUACCUGAUUACAGACAUGUGCAGUGUUAUAGAAUCAAGAUGACAGCCCAGCCAACAUGAACCGACCCGACCCAAACAUAACUUUUGUCAGAACCUGUCGGGGUAUCAGCACUCUACUGUACAAGGCAUUCACUAAGUCAAAAAGGUUGCAUAGAAGAAUAUGAAAAGCAUUUUGCAUAAAUAGGGCUGUAAAAAUAUAUAUACAUUUUCUUGGGCAGUCAGAACAAUCAGCUAUAUACAAAAUUUAUAACAACUCUUUACUGUAAACCUCUAAUUAAAAGGACUACAUGGCAUUUUCAAGGUGCAGUUUCAGUUAUGAUACAAAAACGAUGACUUUGUAUCAGAAACCUCAAACAUUUUAAAUCAUGUUUUUCUUUUAAACAUUUCAUACGUAAUUUUGUUAUUUAUACAAAUGUGAACCAAACAGAAACCAUGUCAGUUUAGAUUAUUAGCUGCAUUGACUGACACAUACUAAUGCAAUUGUCUUAAUAAGCUGCCACAAAUUCUUAAGCAUAUGAAGAUGAAUAAAGGAGGAUCAUGAGACACUUGGUGAAAAUUGAGUUUUCUGCAGAAAACUACUCAUGUAACAUUCAAUGUCCAAAAGUGAAUAUAUGAUAUUAAAUUAUGUCAA